ACCGUCUCACAAAAGCAAAGAGAAAAGAGAGAACCAGCAAGAAGCAAGCAACAGAAGAAUCGAAGAAAUGGCAGCGAUGUUUAUAGCAAUAAACGGUCCCUUCAACGUGACAAAGGCCUCACCUUCUCUUCCUCUCUUCCACUCUUCAACGCCUCGCAAAGUCUCCAGAGUCUGCUUCACCUCCGCUUCUAAACAAUCUGAGGCACAGAAUGCAGUUGAAGUAACCCGAGACAAGGCUUCAAACGUGUCGGAGAAGGCGAAAGAAACGGGUCCAAGCAUGUCAGAGGAGGCCAAAAACACCAUGAGAGAAGCCGGUGAGAGGGCUUCUGACAUGUCUGAGAGGGCUAAAGAAUCGAUGAAGUCCACCAAGGACAAAGCAGAGGAGAAUGCAGAGUGGGCAAAGGAGAAGACCAUCUCAGCAGCGAAGUCGGUGACUGCGAAGACCGAGGAAGGCGCGAGCAGUGCCACCGAGACUGCUCAGAACCUCGACGAGAAGGCGAAGUAGACAGUGCAAGAUGCAUGGGUAACGGCAAAUGAGACCAAGGAGAAGAUAAAGGAGACUGUGGUGGGGAAGUCAGAAGAGAUAAAGGAUUCGGUGGAAAACGAGCUGGAAAAGGCGAGGAAGAAAUCGGUGCAGGAUAAGGAAGGUUGAAAUGUGGAUUUUGAUUGUGUUUUCCAUGAAUGCGUUUGUUUUUAUCUUUAAGAUUCUGGUUCUUGUUUUACAUAUAUAAGAUAUGGAAUGGAAUUGGAUGA